AUGAGCGAAGAAAGUCUGUCCGAAGUGGCUGCCUCCCAAAAGGAGCAGUACGAAAUCACCGACUACACCUCGCACCAUCGCGUGCUAGCGCCCCAUUUCCUGGGCCUCAACAGCAUCGCCAAAGCAGAAGAUUCGCCCCUCAAAGAAUUCGUCAAAUCCCAUGGUGGUCACACCGUUAUCUCUAAAGUCCUCAUUGCCAACAACGGUAUCGCUGCCGUCAAAGAGAUUCGGUCCGUGCGCAAAUGGGCGUAUGAAACAUUCGGUAACGAGCGUGCCGUCCAAUUCGUCGCAAUGGCCACCCCGGAAGAUAUGGAAGCCAACGCCGAAUAUCUGCGUAUGGCUGACCAGUACGUCGAAGUUCCUGGCGGCACCAACAACAACAACUACGCCAACGUCGACCUGAUUGUCGAAAUCGCAGAAAGAGCCAAUGUCGACGCCGUGUGGGCCGGCUGGGGUCACGCCUCCGAAAACCCACUAUUGCCCGAAAGAUUGGCUAGCUCUCCUCGCAGAAUCAUUUUCAUUGGUCCUCCCGGAAACGCCAUGAGAUCGCUCGGUGACAAGAUCUCUUCCACCAUUGUGGCUCAACACGCAAAGGUGCCCUGUAUCCCAUGGUCUGGUACUGGUGUCGACCAAGUUUACUUGGACGAAUCGAACGGUCUAGUAUCAGUACAAGACGACGUUUACCAAAAAGGUUGCUGCGACUCUCCAGAAGAUGGUCUUGCCAAGGCUAAAAAAAUUGGUUUCCCAGUCAUGGUCAAAGCCUCCGAAGGUGGUGGUGGUAAAGGUAUCAGAAAAGUGGAAAGGGAACAGGAUUUCAUUCCUCUUUACAAACAAGCCGCUAAUGAAAUCCCCGGUUCUCCAAUCUUCAUCAUGAAACUAGCCGGUAAAGCCCGUCACUUGGAAGUCCAACUUCUAGCCGAUCAGUACGGUACCAACAUUUCUCUAUUUGGUCGUGACUGUUCAGUUCAAAGACGUCAUCAAAAAAUUAUAGAAGAAGCCCCUGUCACCAUUGCUAAGCCAGAUACUUUCACCGAAAUGGAAAGAUCUGCUGUAAGACUUGGUAAACUAGUGGGUUACGUUUCUGCAGGUACCGUGGAAUAUCUGUACUCUCACGAUGAUGAUAAGUUUUACUUUUUAGAACUGAACCCCAGACUGCAAGUUGAGCAUCCAACCACCGAAAUGGUCACAGGUGUCAAUUUGCCUGCGGCUCAAUUACAGAUUGCCAUGGGUAUCCCUAUGCACAGAAUCAGAGACAUUAGACUACUAUACGGUGUCGACCCUCACACCGCGUCCGAAAUCGAUUUCGAUUUUAGCUCAGAGGGUUCUCUUCAAACCCAAAGAAAACCAACUCCAAAGGGCCACUGUACCGCAUGUCGUAUAACUUCGGAAGAUCCAAAUGAAGGUUUCAAGCCCUCAGGUGGUUCUUUGCACGAAUUGAACUUCCGUUCCUCGUCCAACGUGUGGGGUUACUUCUCUGUUUCCAGCAGCGGUGGUAUUCACUCUUUCUCAGACUCUCAAUUCGGUCACAUUUUCGCAUUUGGAGAAAACAGACAAGCUUCAAGAAAGCACAUGGUUGUAGCUUUGAAAGAAUUGUCCAUUAGAGGUGAUUUCAGAACUACCGUUGAGUACCUCAUCAAGCUUUUGGAAACUGAAGAUUUCGAAGGAAACUCUAUCACUACCGGAUGGUUGGAUGAUUUGAUUUCCCAAAAAAUGACCGCUGAAAAGCCUGAUUCUACUUUGGCAGUUAUUUGUGGUGCUGCCACCAAGGUCUUCAUUGCCUCUGAAAAUGGUCGCAAAGCCUAUGUUACCAGUCUUCAAAAGGGUCAAGUUCCAAACAAGUCCUUGCUCCAGACCAUGUAUCCUGUUGACUUCAUUCAUGAUGGGAAGAGAUAUAAGUUUACAGUGGCCAAAUCAGCCGACGAUCGCUACACGCUUUUCAUCAAUGGUUCGAAGUGCGAAGUUGGUGUUCGCAAAUUGUCCGACGGUGGUCUUUUGAUCGCAUUAGGCGGUAAGUCGCACACCAUUUACUGGAAGGAGGAAGUUUCUGCAACCAGAUUGUCGGUGGACUCUAUGACUACUUUGCUCGAAGUCGAAAACGAUCCUACUCAGUUGCGCACUCCCUCUCCAGGUAAAUUGGUUAAGUUUUUAGUGGAAAAUGGUGACCAUAUUCAAGCCGGUCAACCUUACGCCGAAGUGGAAGUCAUGAAAAUGCAAAUGCCUUUGAUUUCUCAAGAGAGUGGUAUUGUUCAACUUUUGAAACAGCCUGGUUCUACUGUCUCUGCUGGUGACAUUCUUGCCAUUCUUGCCCUAGACGACCCAACAAAGGUUAAGCAUGCUCUACCUUAUGAAGGCUUGCUACCGGAUAUGGGUGCUCCAAUUGUGGAAGGCACGAAGCCUGCCCACAAGUUCAGAUCCUUGGUGUCAACUUUGGAGAACAUUUUGAAUGGUUAUGACAAUCAGGUUAUUAUGAAUGCCUCAUUGCAGCAAUUAAUUGAAGUUUUGAGAAACCCACAGUUGCCUUACUCGGAAUGGAAAAUGCAAUCUUCUGCACUACACUCCAGAUUGCCAAUUAAACUUGACGAACAAUUAGAGCAACUGGUUCACCGCUCUUUAACCAGAAACGCUCAAUUCCCAUCAACGCAAUUGGGCAAAAUGCUCGAGAAUGCUUUGAAAGAAUCCGAGGAUCCUCUAUUUGGCACUGUCAUUGAACCUCUACUAGACAUUACCACACGUUACGCCAAUGGUCUCGAAGCUCAUGAGCACUCCGUUUUUGUGAAGUUUUUGCAAAACUACUAUCAAGUGGAGAAAUUGUUCAACGGUCCAAACAUUCGUGAGGAAGACGUUAUUUUGAAGUUGCGCGAUGAAAACCCAGAAAACUUGGACAACGUUCUAGUGACAGUAUUGUCUCACUCCCGUGUUUCUGCCAAAAAUAACUUAAUUUUGGCUAUCUUGAAGCAUUACCAGCCUUUGUGCAAAAUGUCUUCGGAAGUUUCUUCUCUAAUCGCAGAACCUUUGAAGAAAAUCGUCGAGCUUGAAUCUAAAGCGACUGCGAAGGUGGCGUUGCAAGCGAGAGAAAUUCUCAUUCAAGCUGCUUUGCCUUCUGUUAGGGAAAGAACUGAUCAAAUUGAACACAUUUUGAGAAGCUCAGUGGUCAAGACGGCUUACGGUGCUUUUGACUCUAAGCGCAAUGACCCAGACUUGGAGAUUUUGAAGGAUUUGAUUGACUCCAAUUAUGUUGUCUUUGAUGUUCUUACACAAUUCUUGACCCAUCGCGAUGCCUCAGUAGCUGCUGCUGCUGCAGAGGUCUAUAUCCGUCGCGCGUACAGAGCCUACACAAUCGGUGACUUGAAGCACUACAAUCAUGCCAACAAUGCCGUUGUUGAGUGGAGAUUCCAAUUGCCCUCUGCCGCCUUUACUUCUGUACCUCAAGUGAAGAGUAAGAUGGGGAUGCAUAGAGCAAUUUCCGUUUCGGAUUUGACCUAUGUCUCUGAAGGUGAAAACCAGCCAUUGAGAACUGGUAUUCUGGUGGCCUCCAAGCAUUUGGACGAUGUCGACGACGGACUCUCCAGGGGUCUUCAGUCGAUACCUCACCAACAAAAUUCCUCGAAUGGACCUGCGCCUGACAGAUCGGGUAGUAGUGCCACUUUGAGCAACAUCGCAAAUGUAACAGUGUCGUCGACAGAUGGAUUUGAAUCAGAAGAAGAAGUUUUGUCUAGGUUGAGAGAAAUUCUUGACCUAAACAAGCAGCAUUUGGUGGAUGCUUCGAUCCGUCGGAUUACCUUUGUUUUUGGUUACAACGAUGGAACUUAUCCAAAGUAUUACACCUUUAGAGGACCAGGUUACGUGGAAGACGAAACCAUUCGUCACAUCGAACCUGCGCUGGCUUUCCAACUUGAACUCGGAAGAAUGUCCAAUUUCAACAUAAAGCAAAUCUUCACUGAGAACAGAAACAUUCAUGUUUACGAAGCUACGGGCAAGAACUCAGCUGUCGAUAAGAGAUUCUUUACUAGAGGAAUUAUCAGAACCGGCCGUAUCAGUGAUGACAUUACCAUUCAAGAGUACCUAACAUCAGAGGCUAAUCGCUUGAUGAGUAACAUUCUCGACAACUUGGAGGUCAUUGAUACUUCUAACUCCGACUUGAAUCAUAUUUUCAUUCACUUUUCUGCUGUUUUCGAUGUUUCUUUCGAAGAUGUCGAGGCUGCUUUCGGUGGAUUCUUGGAGAGAUUUGGUAAGAGGUUGUUGAGGUUGCGUAUUGCUGCAGCCGAGAUUCGCAUUAUCAUCAAAGAUCCUCAGACUGGUGCUCCUAUUCCUUUGAGAGCUUUGAUCAACAAUGUCUCAGGUUAUGUCGUCAAGACCGAACUUUACACUGAGGUCAAAAACGCUCAGGGCGAAUGGGUGUUUAAGUCAUUGGAUAAACCAGGCUCUAUGCACUUGAGACCAAUUGCCACUCCUUAUCCAGCAAAGGAAUCCUUGCAACCUAAACGUUACAAGGCUCACUUGAUGGGCACCACCUAUGUUUACGACUUCCCCGAGCUUUUCCGCCAAGCCACUGUUUCGCAAUGGAAAAAGAUCUCUCCAAAAACCAAACUGUCCGACGACUUCUUUAUUGCGAAUGAAUUGAUUGAAGAAGAGGACGGUGAGCUAACGGAAAUUGAUCGCGAAGCUGGUGCCAACACAAUUGGUAUGGUCGCGUUCAAGGUCACUGUGAAGACUCCAGAAUAUUCUCGCGGCCGUCAAUUCGUCAUUGUUGCAAACGAUAUCACUUACAAGAUUGGUUCCUUCGGACCUCAAGAAGAUGCAUUCUUCAACAAGGUCACCGAAUAUGCCAGGAAGCGUGGUAUCCCAAGAAUUUACCUAUCUGCCAAUUCCGGUGCUAGAAUUGGUAUUGCGGAGGAGUUGGUUCCUCUGUUCAAGGUUGCCUGGAACGAUGCUGAAAAUCCCUCCAAGGGUUUCGAAUAUCUGUACAUGACCUCUGAUGGCCUUGCCGAGCUAAAGAAACAGCGCAAGGAAAAUUCUGUUGUCACUGAGCGCGUCGUUGAAAGUGGCGAAGAACGCUAUGUGAUUAAAGCUGUUAUCGGAGCCGACGAUGGAUUGGGUGUUGAAUGUCUGAAGGGAUCUGGUCUCAUCGCUGGUGCUACCUCCAGAGCUUAUAAGGAUAUUUUCACUAUUACCCUUGUCACUUGUAGAUCGGUUGGUAUUGGUGCUUAUCUAGUGAGAUUGGGUCAAAGAGCAAUCCAGAUCGAGGGCCAACCAAUUAUUUUGACUGGUGCUCCAGCCAUCAACAAAUUGUUGGGCAGUGAAGUUUACUCCUCGAACUUGCAACUAGGUGGUACUCAAAUCAUGUACAACAACGGUGUGUCUCAUUUGACCGCCCAGGACGAUUUGGCCGGUGUUGAAAAAAUCAUGGAGUGGCUAUCUUACGUACCCGCUAAGCGUGAUAUGCCUGUACCUAUCCUUGAGAACGAUGACAAAUGGGAUAGAGAAAUUGAUUUCAUUCCUUCUACCGAACAGCCUUAUGAUGUCAGAUGGAUGAUUGAGGGUCGCGACACCGACGAAGGUUUUGAAUACGGUCUUUUCGACAAGGGCUCAUUCCAAGAGACUCUCUCAGGCUGGGCUAAAGGUGUUGUCGUUGGUAGAGCACGUCUUGGUGGUAUUCCGCUAGGUGUCAUUAGUGUGGAAACCAGACUUGUGGAAAAUAUGAUUCCUGCUGACCCAGCCAAUCCAAACUCUACCGAGUCUUUGAUUCAAGAGGCCGGUCAAGUUUGGUAUCCAAACUCUGCUUUUAAAACCGCUCAAGCCAUUAACGACUUCAAUUACGGUGAGCAGCUUCCUUUGAUGAUUUUGGCCAACUGGAGAGGUUUCUCUGGUGGUCAGCGUGACAUGUACAACGAGGUUUUGAAAUACGGUUCUUUCAUUGUUGACGCCUUGGUCGACUACAAACAACCAAUUUUCACCUACAUUCCUCCAACAGGUGAGUUGAGAGGUGGUUCUUGGGUGGUGGUUGAUCCAACCAUUAACGCGGAUCAGAUGGAGAUGUAUGCUGAUGUUAAUUCCAGAGCCGGUGUUCUUGAACCUGAGGGUAUGGUUGGAAUCAAAUACCGCAGGGAGAAGCUACUGGCUACAAUGGCCAGAUUGGACCCAACCUACAAGAGCUUGAAGAGCCAAUUGGCAGACUCGAACAUAACUCCGGAGAAACACCAGGAGCUUUCCGUUAAACUUGCCACUCGUGAAAAACUAUUGAUGCCUAUUUACCACCAGAUCUCCGUUCAGUUCGCUGACUUGCACGACAGGACUGGUCGUAUGGUUGCCAAGGGCGUCAUUAGCAAAGAACUAGAUUGGCCCCAGGCUCGUCGUUUCUUCUUCUGGAGAUUGAGAAGAAGACUAAACGAAGAGUAUUUGAUGAAGAGACUGAAUGUCGAACUUCCAAACGCACAAAGAUUGGAGAAGAUUGCCAGACUUAACUCGUGGUACCCUGCUUCUGUUGAAAGAGAAGACGACAGAAUGGUCGCCACCUGGAUUGAAGAAAACUACGCUUUGUUGGAAGAUCGUCUAAAAACUUUGAAGAUGGAGUCAUUCGCUCAAAACCUUGCCAAAUACAUUAGAAGCGACCACGAUAAUACCAUCAACGGGCUGAGCGAGGUUCUAAAACUUCUGUCUGCGGACGACAAGGAGAAGAUCUUGAGCAGUUUGAAAUGA